AUGUUCUUGUCGAACAACAUUGUUUGUAUCGAUUCUCGGUUGUUAAAUUCUUCCUACGACAAUGGCUUCUCGCCCGCCGUGGCAACAUGGUACGACAAUCCCAAGGGAGGUGGAACCGGGGGAGCGUGUGGAUUUGAUGACAAGGACAUGAAUGCGCCUCCAUUCAAUGGCUUAACGGCAGCGGGCAAUCAAAAUUUGUUUAAAUCGGGAAAAGGAUGUGGGAGUUGUUAUGAGGUGAAAUGCACCGGAAAUCCAUUGUGUUCUGGAAAUACAGUUACGGUAACAAUUACAAAUGAAUGUCCCGGUGCUUGCAACGACGAUCCUUUUCAUUUCGACUUGAGUGGAAAAGCAUUUGGAUCAUUAGCGAAAAAUGGACAAGACGAUAAGCUACGAAAUUUGGGAAGACUUGACAUUCAAUUUCAAAGAGUAGCUUGCCAUUACAAAGUCGGCAUAGAGAUUACGAUCGACAAAGGAUCAAAUCCAUGGUACUUAGCUUUGGCAGUCGAAUAUGUUAACGGAGAUGGAGACGUUGGUAGCAUGCAGCUAUUGCCUUCAAAUUCCGGACCGAUUUCAAUGCAACAAUCAUUUGGGGAUACAUGGAAAGCCGAUCUCCCGAGCGGCGCAAAAGGUCCUUACAGCAUCAGAUUAUCGACGAUCGAAUCAGGGCAGACAAUUCUUGUAAAAGAUGCAAUUCCAGCAAAUUGGGCUCCUGGCCAACGAUUUCUGUCAUCGGAUAAUGUCAAGGCUUAG